UUUUGUUUGUCUCCUGCAGCACUGCCCUCAGCCCGAGACACCCCCAGCCCCAUCGACCCAGAGUCCAUCCAGGUGCCCCUGAGCUACGAGCCCGACCCACAAGACCUGGCUCUGUCUAGUGUGCCCGGCCAGGAAAUGUUCGACCCCAGGAAACGCAAAUUCUCCGCAGAGGAGCUGAAACCACAACCAAUGAUCAAGAAAGCCCGCAAGGUCUUCAUCCCCGAAGACCUGAAGGACGAUCGGUACUGGGCCCGGCGCAGAAAGAACAACGUGGCAGCCAAGAGGUCACGGGACGCCCGGCGGCUGAAGGAGAACCAGAUCGCCAUCCGGGCCAGCUUUCUGGAGAAGGAGAACGCCGCCCUUCGCAUGGAGGUAGCAGAGAUGAGGAAGGAGCUGGGCCGCUGCAAGAACAUUGUGGCUAAAUAUGAGGCCCGACACGGGCCCCUGUGAGCCCUCAAAAACCGCAACUAACACCCACCAAGUCACACCCCCUUUACUCCCCUGACCCAGCUUCCCUUGAGUUUGAAGGACAAUGUGUCU